AUGCGACCACGUUUAUCGCGUGCACACGGUUGCUUCGCUUCUUCUUCUCGUUCCCGAAAUUGUCGCGAUCUGUUGCCCCAAUUGCAUCAUGCAAUGCGCGUGUUAGAUGCGACCUAUCGACGCAAUCUGCUACACCGUUUGCAUCUACAAGCCGCCGUUCGACAAUUACGCAAUUCGACCAUACCUAAACCGGACAUACGCAACAAAUUGAUUCGAUCAUUGUACAGAUUUAUCGGACAACGGUGUGCGACUAUGUAUAACCAUUCACGACACAUUCGUGCCCGACGGAAAUGGCGCCAGUCGACCAACUUAUUCGGUUUAACAAAUGAGAUCAGUGUGCAACUGCGAGCGAAAAAUUCCUGCCUCUCUGAUGAAAUAUCCGGUGAGUACAGUGAUUGUGCUGGUUUGUUCUUUUUCAAAUCAGGAUUAGCCCAGAUUAUUAUCGUUACUUUAGUUAUGUUCUGGGGUAUCAAAUGA